AUGAAUAGUAGCUAAAAAAUUAGAAAGGGUUCUCGUAACAUGAAGUAUGAAUAAAUUUCACUUUAGGUAUAAGAAAAUAUCACACGAACAAAGAAAUUAAAUAAUAAAUGAGUUAACCAAGAAUGGAAAGACACUGAAAGAAGUAAAUAAGUUUAUAUUUUAGUAUAGGUUUCUGAAGAAACUUAGUUGAAACCUUCUACUGUCAAAGCUAUAUUGUAAGUCUAUCUAAAAGAAGGGAGAAUUGGAAAGAAAUCCACUAGAGAUAGAAAGGUGAAAUUGUUAAAUACAACAGUAAUUGCCUUAAUUGACAAAACUAAGUAAAAUAUUUUGUUAUGUUAUUUAAAAGAAACAGUGAUUAUGCAAUAGAGAAUCUCUAGUUUAUUCAUCCUAUGAUCAAAAUAAACCAAUAGUCUUCUGAAAUAUCACAUAAUGGUUAGACUCUGACUGAAACUUAAUAGAAGCUUGAUUAAUAUUCAAAAUAACUAAUGAUGACUUAAGUAAGAGACUUCCUUAGGGAAAAGAAGCAAGAAAUAUUAGAACAAUUAGUUAAUCCAUAAGCAAAACAGAAUUUUCUUAAUUAACUUGCCCAAUUUGAAGUUGCUGACUAAUUACCCUUUCAAGAAUUAAAAAAGGAGCAUUUAUAAGUUGAGGAUGAAUAAUUAGUAGAAAAAAUCACUCAACAUUUAAAAUCUAAAGUAAAACUAUGA